AGGAUCUGCGGAUUUUGGUAUCCUGGAGGUAUAGUGCUGGAACCAAUCCCUCACAGAUACUAAAGGAUAACUUCAUUUCAAAAUUGCUGAGAAAUUAAAAUUCUAAUGUUCUUACCACAAAAAUGGCUACAUGAUUCCCUAAGGAUAAGAACAAUGUUAUGCUGGGGAUAUUGGUCUCUGGGCCAACCAGGUAUCGGCACCAACCUGCAAGGAAUUGUGGCUGAGCCCCAGGUGUGUGGAUUCAUAUCAGACAGAAGUGUCAAGGAAGUGGCCUGUGGAGGAAACCACUCAGUGUUCCUGCUGGAGGAUGGAGAGGUGUACACAUGUGGCUUGAACACCAAGGGGCAGCUCGGCCAUGAGAGGGAAGGAAACAAGCCAGAACAAAUUGGAGCUCUGGCAGAUCAGCACAUUAUUCAUGUGGCAUGUGGAGAGUCCCACAAUCUGGCCCUUAGUGACCGGGGCCAGCUGUUCUCUUGGGGUGCAGGGAGUGAUGGUCAACUAGGACUCAUGACUACUGAGGAUUCUGUGGCAGUGCCCAGGUUAAUACAGAAGCUGAACCAACAGACAAUAUUACAAGUUUCCUGUGGCAACUGGCAUUGCUUGGCUCUUGCAGCAGAUGGCCAGUUCUUCACAUGGGGAAAGAACAGCCAUGGUCAGCUGGGGCUGGGGAAGGAGUUCCCUUCUCAAGCCAGCCCGCAGAGGGUGAGGUCCCUGGAGGGCAUCCCGUUGGCCCAGGUGGUUGCAGGAGGGGCUCACAGCUUUGCCCUAUCUCUCUCAGGAGCUGUUUUUGGCUGGGGGAUGAAUAAUGCAGGACAGCUAGGACUCAGUGAUGAAAAAGAUCGAGAGUCUCCUUGCCAUGUGAAACUUUUACGAACCCAGAAAGUUGUCUAUAUUAGUUGUGGAGAAGAACAUACAGCAGUCCUCACAAAGAGUGGAGGUGUGUUCACCUUUGGUGCUGGUUCUUGUGGGCAACUUGGACAUGACUCCAUGAAUGAUGAGGUUAAUCCAAGAAGAGUUCUAGAGCUGAUGGGCAGUGAAGUAACUCAGAUUGCUUGUGGCAGACAACACACUCUAGCCUUUGUGCCUUCUUCUGGACUCAUCUACGCAUUUGGUUGUGGAGCUAGAGGUCAACUAGGAACUGGACACACUUGUAACGUUAAGUGCCCAUCUCCUGUGAAGGGUUAUUGGGCUGCCCACAGUGGACAGCUUUCAGCCCGAGCCGAUCGCUUUAAAUAUCAUAUUGUUAAGCAGAUCUUCUCUGGAGGAGACCAAACUUUUGUACUCUGCUCCAAAUAUGAGAAUUCUUCUCCUGCUGUUGACUUUAGGACCAUGAACCAAGCACAUUAUACCAGUCUAAUAAAUGAUGAAACCAUAGCAGUUUGGAGACAAAAACUCUCAGAACACAACAAUGCAAAUACAAUCAAUGGCGUUGUUCAGAUAUUAUCUUCUGCAGCCUGUUGGAAUGGAAGUUUUCUUGAAAAAAAGAUUGAUGAACAUUUUAAAACAAGUCCCAAAAUCCCUGGGAUUGAUCUGAAUUCAACUAGGGUAUUAUUUGAGAAAUUAAUGAACUCUCAGCACUCCAUGAUUCUAGAACAGAUCUUAAACAGCUUUGAAAGUUGCCUGAUUCCCCAGUUGUCAAGUUCACCACCAGAUGUUGAAGCAAUGAGAAUCUACUUAAUACUACCUGAGUUUCCCCUACUCCAGGAUUCCAAGUAUUACAUAACGUUGACUAUUCCCUUGGCAAUGGCCAUUCUGCGACUGGAUACAAACCCUAGCAAAGUAUUAGAUAACUGGUGGUCUCAGGUAUGCCCAAAGUAUUUCAUGAAGCUGAUAAACCUCUAUAAAGGAGCAGUCCUUUAUCUACUGAGAGGGAGAAAGACAUUCUUAAUUCCUGUAUUGUUUAACAAUUAUAUUACAGCAGCUCUCAAGCUCUUGGAGAAAUUAUAUAAGGUAAAUCUUAAAGUGAAACAUGUGGAAUAUGAUGCAUUUUACAUUCCUGAGAUUUCCAGUCUCGUGGACAUUCAGGAAGACUACCUCAUGUGGUUCUUGCAUCAAGCAGGGAUGAAGGCUAGAUCAUCUAUAAUACAGGAUGCUGUAACACUUUGUUCAUAUCCUUUCAUUUUUGAUGCCCAAGCUAAGACCAAAAUGUUGCAAACUGAUGCUGAACUACAGAUGCAGGUGGCAGUCAAUGGAGCCAAUCUGCAGAACGUCUUCAUGCUUCUCACUCUGGAGCCUCUGCUGGCCAGAAGCCCCUUCCUGGUCCUUCACGUUCGCAGGAAUAACCUCGUUGGUGAUGCCCUAAGAGAGUUGAGCAUUCAUUCUGAUAUUGAUUUGAAAAAGCCUCUCAAAGUAAUCUUUGAUGGGGAAGAAGCAGUUGAUGCUGGUGGUGUUACAAAGGAGUUCUUUCUUUUGUUGUUAAAAGAACUUUUGAAUCCCAUCUAUGGAAUGUUUACCUACUAUCAGGAGUCACAUCUCUUGUGGUUUUCAGAUACAUGUUUUGUAGAGCACAACUGGUUUCACUUGAUUGGCAUAACCUGUGGACUAGCUAUCUACAACUCCACCGUGGUUGAUCUCCAUUUCCCGUUGGCUCUUUACAAAAAAUUACUGAACGUAAAACCUGGCUUGGAAGAUUUAAAGGAACUGUCACCCACUGAAGGAAGGAGUCUUCAAGAGCUUUUGGAUUACCCUGGUGAAGACGUUGAGGAAACUUUCUGCCUCAAUUUCACAAUCUGCCGAGAAAGCUAUGGAGUAAUUGAACAGAAGAAGCUGAUACCUGGGGGAGACAAAGUGACUGUGUGCAAGGAUAACAGACAUUUCUUUGAAUCAACAGUUGAAUUGACUCAACAGUUGGAACACAAACUAUGCAGGAAUACUGAAAUAUAACAGUUUAUUUAGGGUGAUAAUCUCGUCUCAUGCAACCAUAAAUGGAACAUGAAGACUAAAUUGAGUGGUCAAAUCUGAAGGCGUUCAGAGAAUUCAACUUGAACAGAUGCAACUAGGAGAACAGAUUGGGGAUAGAGUUAGGUUUAGAAGCCUACUAAGAUUUGAAUGCUAGAAAGUAGAGAAAUGGACAUAAAAAUGAAAGCUUUGUAAAGUGAUGCAUAAAUCUGGGUUGCUAUUUUAAGCAGAGAACAGUAAGUUAGAGAUGGGUGUUGGGCAGGAACUUUACUGGCAAAAGCUUUAUUUGAACAACUGACAUUGGCUUAGCUGCAGGAUUAGAUUACAGAACUGAUAAUUAAAGAAAUGAGACUUCAUUCAGCAGAUAAUAAGAAGCCACCAUUAUUUGCUAAGCUUAGGUGUUACACUAUAAAACCUUGUCCAUGGAUCUUUUUUUCAAUCUCCACUAUUGCUGGCAUAUGUGUGGUCACGGACAUUGCUCAACUCUGCUUUCACUGACUCUGAGAAUUUAAAAAUUUUUUUUUUAUUAUUCGGUGCUGGGGGUUGAACCCAGGGGUUUGCACAUGCUAGGCUAUUUGUUUUGUUUUGUUUUGUUUUAAAUUCAGUGGAAUUAAUGAUCACUGGCCCAUCAUGUUAUUUAUUUAAAAGUCAUGCUGAUUUUCUUUUCUAUCCCUUUUUAGUUGUAUGCCUUUCAUUGACUUUAGAACUGCUCUUACAGAGCACCUAUGAUAAAGAUGUUCUGCUAACACAUAUGUUAUUUUAAUUAUAAUACAUAAAUAAUACAUAUUUUAAUUUAAAAAUUAUACAUAAAUCCAAAAGUACUUUUAAGGCAACAGAAAGAAAAAUAAGCUCAGUUUAACCUCUUGUACUCUCACAACACAGAUUACUUAUGUGACCCCAAAAGGUGUGGGGUUUUUGUCCCACUAGUAAGCAAGCAAGCAAGCAAUGAAUUCUGCAGCAUACCAGCUGAGCACUCUGUAAUCCAAGGAGAGAAUGUCAGAUCCCACAGGUUGGGGGGCUUCUCUGUCAGGUGCCAGUUGCAAGCCCCAGAUUGUUUUACUUGUACCCCUGACUGACUAGCUUAUAAGUCAAGGUUCCUACAACCUCCUACUUGGGUUCAAUUAAUUUACUUGAGCAAGUCAUAGAACUCAGAGAAACACAUAUGCACAUUUACUGAUUUAUUAUAAAGGAUGUUAGAAGGGAUAUAAAUGAAGAGAUGCAUAGGAUGAGGUGUGAGACACAGCGUGGAGCUCCCAUGUGUUCAACUGUCCAGAAGUUCUCUGAACCCUGUCCUUUUGGGUUUUGAUGGAGACUUCAUUUAUUUUAUUUAUUUAUUUUUAUAUGGUGCCGAGGACUGAACCUAGUGCCUUGCAUAUGCUGGGCGAGCACUCUUCUGCUGAGCCACAACCCCAGCCCUAAGACUUCAUUAUAUAAGCAUGACUGAAGCAUGGUCAACCAUGUAGAAAUGUGAUUGGAUAAAAAGGGUAUGAUUUCAUGCCAAGAGACUGAGUAGGGAAAUCCAGCAAGGCCCAUCUUCUUGCCUGUCUGAGCAAUAUUCCCUUCUUCCAGGAAUGGGGCAGGACCCUUUCUGGAAUCAGGGUCUUAUGAUUUACUAUCAGAUGAGUCAGAGGAUUUUUUCUUCCUUUUUUUGUUUUUGAGGCAGGGUCUCCCUGUGUUGUCUCGGUGGUCUCAACUCUUGAACUCAAGUGAUCUUCUUACUUUAUUGCUGUGAUUAUAAAUUUGCCGCAUCAUGGCCAUGUUUGUUUGUUUGUUUCUAAGAACCUGCCUUGGGAGACAGAAAUAAUUUCUUAGAUGGAAAAAGGGCAGGGGAGGGACUGUGACUGUGGCUCAGCCGUAGAGUGCUUGCCUUGCACUUGUGAGGCACUGGGUUCAAUCCUCAGCACCACAUAAAAAUAAAUAAAUAAAAUUUAUUUUUGUGUCCAUUAAAUAAGGAGGGGGGCAGGGGAAGGCCAGAGAGAGAUUUUUUUGUUCUAAGGCUUGUUUCUACAGACUAAAGCACUAUAACAUUGUGGUCUUUAACCUUUUUUCUCUAAAACUAUUCUGAAGCUGUGGCAGACCAAGGACAAAAGGAAAAAAUCUUUUAAUCUUAUAAUACUAGUUAUUUAGAAAAUAUCUAGGGCUAUGAGCACUAUACAGUGACUAUGAGCCAAAACCAAAAUAUAUAUAAGAUCACAAAAAGGAGCCCAUAUUAUUUAUCUUGUAUUAGAAAACUCCAUAUUUUUUUGUUACUGUGACUUACUAAGUAAUAGUUUUCGAAAGUUUUAAAAGUCUUUGUACAAUAAAAUAUGUGGUUAUGUUACAUAUUGCCAAGCAAAGUAGGGAUUCCCGAUACACUAUAUUUGAGAUUAACAUAUGGAACCACUUCUGUGUUAGGUAGAAAUUUAGGUUCUGGCUUUUCAGGGUCACUAGCACUCACUAAGCACACAGUGAGCUCAUCCAUACAGUGUUAGUCACUGUUUACUUGUUUCUGUGUCACUUGGUGACAGAUCCUGUGCUUUCAGUUAUCUGUUUAUCCUAGUCCAGAUUGCUGUAACAAAGUACCAUAGAUGGGGUGGUUUAUAAACAACAGAAAUGUGUUUCUCAUGGUUUUGGAGGCUGAAAGUCCAAAAAUCAUGGUGUCAACAUUGGUUACAUUCUAGUGAGGGUCCUCUUCGAAGGCCAACUACUUAUAUUCUUGAAUGGUGGAGGGCAGUGAGGGGACACAAGCUCUCAUGGCUCCUAUAAAUAGUCCCCUUCAGGAGGGUUCACCCUCAUGACUUUAUCUGAUCCACAUUACCUUCCAUAGGUUCCACUUUCUUACUACCAUCUCAUUGGAAGGCAGUGUUUCAACAUAUGAAUUUGGGAGUGGGGGCCACAAACAUUCAGCCCAUAAUACUGUUGAGCAGCUUCCAAGAAUCUAAUAUGGUUACUUCCACACUACUUAAUUCAGCUGUUUUCAUUAGUGGCAGCCAGAAGAAAAGACAUUUGAUUUUUAUCCCCAUUUCAUUUUAAGCUGCACAAAACACAUCUUAUCAGCAAAGUACCUUGAGAUCCUGGUAAGAAGGUUUAUGAAAUGAUAAAAGAUUAAUCGUUAUAGCUGCAUUCCUUUGCUUGCUAUAUGCCAUAAUCUUGUCACCAGGGGUCCUGUAUGAUAUGAAUAAGAUAAGAAAUGAAAAAACUAUAGGAAUAAUAUCUGUUGGAUUUUUAAUUUAGGCAUCUAUGUACACAGAUACUAUUGACAUUGAAGCUGUUUUCAUUAACAGUAAGAUAUUUGCUGUCAUGGCUGCCUUGGAGGGCAAUGCCGGAGGAAUACCAAUUGUGGAUCCAUAAUUUAUUUCAUUCUAUUUGGUCUUAAAAUUGCUUUCUAUCCUUGGACAAGAACUACACAGUCAAAUGAGUUAUAGACAACUGGGUAAAGGAAUAUCUGUGGUUGAUGCUGAUGUCUGCAUCAUAGCUAAAUCUUGCCACCGCUGUCUUCACAUCUGGAUAAUACUAUAUCACAAGACUACUCAUGUUUAAGUAUUUAUUAUAUGCUAUAUUGGUGUUAUUAACACUAAUUAAAAACUCACAUAUUGUUAUAAAUCCCCCCAAAUUUACUUUGAUUUGAUACGAUUAAAUUAAUCACAAUUGCUGUCCUUCUGUAUGUUCCCCUGUAUGAGGGAAGUGGGGGAAGAGCGACAAUAAACAGUAAAAGGACUAAACACUGAGAAAUGCUAGACUUAGUAAGGUAAAUGCUCCAUAGGGUACCUGUGAAUAAAACUUAACGCAUGACAAACACUUCUUUCUCCUUAAGAUCUGGGGCUAUAGCUCAGAGGUGGAGCACUUGCCUAGCCUGUGUGAAGCGCUAGGUUCGAUCAUCAGCACCCCAUAAAAAUAAAUAAAUAAAAUAAAGGUAUUGUGUCCAUCUACAACUAAAAAUAUUUUUUAAAAAUCUAUUGAGGUUAGAAUUCUGAUUAACUUCAGUUAACUUCUCAUGAUAGUAUAUGAGAGGUGCAGUCUUUAAAGUCUGCAUUACAUUUGUACUGGAUUGUUACAGGAACAGCAGAUAAUUGAGAUGCCAGUAACACUUCCUUAGUGCUUACCAUGUGUCAGGCACUAUUUUAAGUGUUUAACAGGUAAGCCUCCCCACUUCACAGAUGAGGAAACUGAGGCACAAAGAGGCAUAGGUUACUUGGUCAGGGUUACACAGCGGGAAGUCCAGGAUUCAAAACCAACUGUUCAGCUUAGUGCUCCCUGAGCAUCGGUGUACUACAACUGAGAGCCAGAGUUCCUGUAUCCUUCUCCCCCGGGAAGAAAAAUUAUUGUAAAGAGUUUGCUGUUUUACCAAGCAGGCUAUGUAAUUUUUUGAAAACAAGGUUGGCUUAGUUAAAACAUACUGUAUGUGUAUGAAAUUGAAUGUCUGAAUUUUUAAACAGGUAUAGGGACAGUGCUUAUAUAGUAUUAAAAUGUUACAAAAUAUUUAUGGACAUCUUAAUAAUAGUUGUACAGUCUGUUGUGUUAAUGUGUUAUUUUAUUUGGAUAUUUGGCUUGUAUGUUUUUUUAUUUCCCUUUUUUCUCUUU